CUUGAGAAAAGAUUGAACAUCAAAAACUAUGGUAAACUCUCUAAAUUAUUGGGGGAAGACAAAAGCAUUGGAAAGCUACCCUUCCUCUCUCCCCAUGUACUACCCAGCAAAAACUGUCCCUUUGCACAAACUUAGAGAAUGAAGGUGGGGAAAUAGUGACAGACCCCAUCACUUGUAAUUUCUAAAGCUCCAUGAGACUCUAGCAAACCCCAGAGACUCAAUUUUGCUUCCUUUGGCCAGCUUCUUUCCUUUUCCUUUUGAGGGCGUUUGGCUAUUCUCUGCUUCUGUGUUUAUUUAAGAUGCCAAGGCCGGGUCCGAGGCCGUAUGAGUGCGUCAGGCGGGCUUGGCAUAGCGAUAGGCACCAACCCAUGAGAGGCUCCAUCAUUCAGCAGAUGUUCAGGGUCGUCAGUGAAGUCCAUAGCUCCAAAACGAAGAACAACAAGGAGUGGCAGGAAAAGCUGCCCAUGGUGGUUUUGAGAGCAGAGGAAAUCAUGUAUUCCAAGGCCAAUUCAGAGGCUGAGUACAUGAAUUCUGAUACACUAUGGGAUAGAGCAAAUGACGCCGUUAACACAAUUAUUCGAAGAGAUGAGGGCACUGAAACCCGGGACCUUUUGCCGCCGUGUGUUGAAGCUGCGCUUAAUCUGGGUUGUGUUGCGGUAAGAGCUUCAAGAAGCCAACGCCACAGUAAUCCAAGGAGUUACCUCAUUCCGAGACCGCAAGAACCCCCCUCUCCACCCACUAGGAUUUUGGAUAGACCAUCUGAUGAACGACGCCCUCCGUUUUCUCCUCCACAUCACCCGGGAAAUCAAUCAAACUUUGCAAGACCCUCAGCUGUGAGCUCUGCACAUUUGGUCCCGGAAGUUCACAGUCACGCCAACCAAAGUAGUAACCUGACUAACCCUCGGCAUUACCCAUUUUCCCUUGAGAAUGUUCCUGGUGGCCAUAACCAGGUAACAACAAUGUCAACCAACAACCAAUUGAACUUAGGUUCAGUAUAUCCAUUGUAUUAUGGAUCUCACUAUCAAACUGAAGCAUCCCAGUUAGGUCCUCAGGUCCCAGAAAAUGCACAUUCUAGGACUAUAUAUGUUGGUACACCAGUUACAUCAAUUCAGGAGCCUACCAAGCAGAACAUUUUCACCUGUCAAAGGGCUGAAAAUAUGUCACACAGAAUUCCCCAAGUAGAUGUCAUGGACAUCCAGGAGAAGCCACGAGAAGCAGAAUAUGAUUUAUCUUUGAGGUUGGGUCUUGUCUCACAUUUAUGUACUGAUAGAAGCUUGGCCAGUGAAACGGAAGAUAUUGGUUCGAGUAAUUCUCAAGAGGGCGGAAAGUUCAACGAUUAUUCACCAUCUAUAAGUAAGGAGUUCUGUUUCUUUCCUACUAGGACUGCUUAUGAUCCCUCUGAGUCCACUUCAAGCAUGUGGAAUUCAGAGGGUGAAGAUCGGAGUUUGGAGCCAACUUUAAAGAAGCGCAAAGCAACUUUUAGAAACAAUGAAGAGGAUGGGCAAUUUUUCUGCCAGCCACCUGGCCAGCCCAACAAGUUUCCUGGUCGAUUUUCAGGGCCAGGUUUGUAGGCAUUCUUUUCUUUUUGUAGUAUAUAUGCUUUAAAGUUCAAUAUCUCAAUAUAAGGUUCUGAAUCCUUUUAUGAGAACUCUCUUCUUAUGUAGCUCUGAUUGUGAAAUUUCACAAGUUCAUGUUACUUGCUCCUUUUAUGAGUCGUGCUAUAUGAUCAAUGUAAACGUGACAUAGCUUAAGGUUGAAACAUGAAACUUUCUGCA